UUCAUGGCUUGUCCUUGUAUGGCAAUAAGCACCAUAGAACAUCAACUUGAGCGCAUGUUUGGGACCAAUCAGAGAGCGACGCUUGUCGUCAGUUAGGCGAAUGCAUCGAUCUUCGUUUGCGCUCUUUCGAAAGAUACAACUGUUGUUCUUGUUCACCGCAAUUUAUAUUGUUAUACUCCCACAAGUUACUAUAUAUCGAUGGAUUGGCCCGCCAUCUUCGAGCAUACUGGGGUGGUCACUUCUACAAGUAAUGUGACCUCUGCAUCCCCUGCUGUGCACGGUCCAGGUCGGCAUGAACACGAGCAUUGUUCGUCUACCGACAAACCCGCUGGAGAGCUGGUGGUGCUCUGGGCCAUUAUCUGUUUCUGCCUCUGUGGCAACUCCCUCUCCAUCUUCUUCUUCCUCGCCAAAAGAGUACCCAGGAACUCGGCCAAUUACAUCAUCACUAACCUCGCAUUAGUGGACUUAUUGACUGGACUGGCGUUGGCCGUGUGUGAUGGUAUCCCAGGACUGGAGAAGCCGAAGGGCACAGGGGGAAUGGGGAAGCUGUUUUGUGUGCUCUUCUGCAGCGACUACCCAGCCUGGGUCUUCAUCACAGCCUCCAUCUUCAAUCUAGUCGUCAUUGCCGUAGAGAGAUACUUUGCAGUCGUGUUCCCCAUGCUCUACAAGAGGCUGUACUCAAACAAACGCUUCCUGAUAGCCAAGUUGGCUGUUGCCUGGCUCAUUCCCCCCUUCCCUGUGCUGUUCGACGUGUUCUUCUACCAGGCGGAAGAGGACUACUGUGUUAUCACCUUCAACUCCGGCUUCGUCACCUGGGCAGGCUACUGGUCCCUCGUAGGCCAACUGACACUCCCCACCUUCUUCAUGUUUUAUGCGUACAUACAAAUGACUGUCAGCAUACGCGCCAUCAACAUCCCCCCACCCCCACCCCUACCCCCGACGGACAGCAGCACCAGCACUGCUUCUACAACACAACUAGCAGGCAAGACCAUAUGGCAUCAUCAUUCCGCAUCUCUUAAAUUCAUCCUCACACUGACGGUCUAUUUAAGACAGUGA